AUGUAUGUGAGAUGAUUGAUUUGGGUCAUAGUGUACAGGGGCGUCUGAGAAUGUCAGUAAAGGUUAUUUGCUGUCAGCUGAGAGGGAAGGGGAGUUGGGCAUGUACAACUGUAGCAGCUGUACUGUAUACAGUUUGAGGUUUAUUGAUUCUGGUCCCAGUGUCAUACAUACCUUUGCAAGAAACAAUGAAGAUAUUGGAUCUUAUGCAGGACAGAAAGGAGACAGGUAGAAAUUUUGUUGUGCCAUAAACUGCAGUUUAGGAUUUCAUAAAGAGUUUAUUUAGACCUGGAAAUGAUUUCUUUCAUUGAGUGUCGAUGGGGUGAAGGAAAAGUUAUAGUCUGUUCAGAUCCCUACAAGUUAUUCCUGCAUGAGAUAAUUAUUUUAUGCACUGACUAUAUUGCUUAUUGGUUGGUCUGCUAAUUGUUGAUAAUUUGCUCUGUCUAUACCAAAAGAAAUGAAAAACAGCCAUCACAACUUUGCUGAGCCCAAAGUGAUGUCUUGAGAGUGCUUGAACCAACAGACUUUUAACAUUUUUGCUUGAAAAAAUAGUGAAAUUAAUUAUCAAUCAUUAAAAUAGUUGGCAAUUACUUUUUUUUUUUUUUUGACGGACUAAUUCGUGUCAAGUGUCUUCAUGAGCUCUUGAUGGAAAGAUUUAAAGAAGCCUGAUUGGAAGGGCCAAGACGGCAUCUAAUAUUUGGUCCCAAAAAAUGAACUUAAAUCACUGCCAUCACUGGAUUGAUUUACAGAGGUGAAGUAUAUCCAAAAUGAAAAUAGCUAUCAUUAUCUUUGCUCUGCCAAAGUAUUAUCUGCACAAACAGCAUGGUUUGCGGUCAGUCAUAAGAAAUGAAUAAACGGUGCAUAAACCUGAAUGAACUCUGUUAACUUAUUGUCCAGUUAGCGACAGAAACCACAAGCAGUUAUUCUGCCAUGAACCCUCCAGCAACACCUAAAUUCAUUUACUGUGCUGCUUUCUGUUGUGACAGCACCAGAAAAUAAAUCUGUGAAUCAGUCGUAAACACACUGUGGUCCUGUGCACAGGAGACAGGAGAACAGGACAAGUCAUUCUCUAGAAGCACAAUGAAUUGUUCAGUCCAAAAAAUAUUUCCUAUCUAGAGAGGAAAUAAAAAAUAACUUGAGCUAAACUAUGAACUAUUAUGCCUUAGUGCAGUAAUUGUGUUCAUAAAUGGGAAAAGCAGUGUGGUUUUCUAGCAUGAAUGGCUCAAACCAUGCUCCAUUUAUGAACUUUACUGAUUCUUUUCAAAAGACUGCAACUCAGCAGGUGCCAAGGGGAAACCAUACAGGUGAUUAGUGUGAAAUGUAGUGAAAGGAGAAGGCAGAGAAGAUUGAGGCAGAGAGAGGAAGAUAGGGGGAUUGAGAGAGGAGAAGGCGCAGCGGGAGCGGGAAGCCUCUGGCGGUCUGUUGAGCAGCUUCAGAGGGGCAUGCGACCGCUCUCACCACACUCUCCACACAAAAUUUGCACCAUAUGCUCUAGUGGCUGUGCAAUCCAAUUCUGGCAAAGACCCCUGUGUAUUAUCUUCUGAGGGAAAAUGAUGGUGAUUAUCAUAAAGUGUUCCCAUCCAGGAUGAGUGUGCAGAGCCCCGCUCUCUCUCUCUCCUCCGGCCUGCUGAGAGCAGUUAGACGAGGGGGCGGGGGGGCUGAGAGGCCCCUGGAUGUAUGCCCAUUAGCCUUCUCGUUGACCUUGCACCUGCUAUACUCCACAUGGCAUGUAAUGCACAUGUGCCCAUCGUAUGGCAAGACAGACCCUCUUUAACUGUAACCUAAAGGCUGCGUUCAGGCGUUAUCCUUCAAAAGCAAAGUCAUUUAUUUCAGACGCAGGGUCAGUUCACUAAUAAUUUACUCGAAAAAAAAGUUCAACCUCAGAUGCACUGCAAUCAUUCUCAGUUGUUUAUUUUGAGCUGAGGCCUAUGAAUGAAAACUAUUUCUAGAUGUUUUCGAAUUAUAAAAGAGUCCAAUUCUUAGAAUGAGUGAACGUUUUUUGGCCCAAACCGCAGCGACUUUGCUUCCAAGCACCUGUGGCUCCAAGGAACUACAAAUGCAGCCAUCAUAGAAACAUUUUAAACAGUUGUUAUGCUACUUCUCCACCAUAACAAAGAAUUGACGGGAAAUAUCCAACCCUUUUACCAGAGUUUUAGUCAUACAACCUGUUAAACAUUACUCUGAAGUAGAGCUGCUCUGGUUGCACAAAUAACUAAGAUUCUAAUCACCAAUGUGCACAGUACUGAGACAGAUGCAAGUUGUGUUGCAAUCCUUGUACAGGACAAACAUUUAAGAUUCUUUUGAAAAACUCUGGUCAUUUCAUCCACAGGUUGCCGGGCUGUUUUCCCCCCCAGUACCUGAACACACCGGGGUCCUGUUGUGCACAGAGGAACCACUCACUGGCUUGCCGUCACUGGUGACACACCAGCAGUAACCUGUCAGAGUAUGGCACUGGACCUGCACAGGUGAAAAAUAUCAGCCAACUAUGGUCGACCCCUCGGAUGCUGAGGAGCAGAACAAGUGUAAAGGCCCACAGCUCGACACACCAGCUGUGGCCACCGAAGACCCUCGACUGCCAGAACAGGCCGAUGGCACGACAACAGAGGAUGAUGGGGAUGCCGGUUUCGAGACCCCGCCCACUGGCAGUUCUGAGACGAGCCCCUGCCACACAGCAUCAUCGGCGGAGCCAGACGCCGCCCCUCAGGGGCCUCCACCUGAGCAACCACAGACUCAGACUGAUUCGUCACCGAAACUGCACCUGGACCUGUACAACUUUGAUUCACCGGUCGCAGAGGGCAGCCGCUACGUGUUAACAAGCCCUCAUUCUCUGGAGGCGUGUGCUCGAUGCGGGGUCAAACCAGUGGAGCUCCUGCCCCGCCCACUGGCUGACUUCGCCCGGGAGGCUCCGGGUCGAUCCAUGCGCGUUGCGACAGGCCUGUUUGAAGUCUACGAAAGGGACAGGCACGCCAAACUGAGGCAGUGCAGAGAGGAGAGGGAGAGGAUAAUCAGAGAGGAGAAGAGAAGGAUUCUGCAGGCAGCAGUCAAUACCGGCAGCAGUGCAUCACCCUCCGCUGUGGAGCAGCAGCACAAAGCCUCCUCCGGCUCCACUCAGCCUCCUAAAUCUCGACCGGUGACCUCCAGCUCAGCCCCUGAUUCUGGAGCAUCUAGAGCUUCACCAGCAGGCCCAAAAACGAGUACAGCUCUUUUAUCUAAAGCUCCUUCCAGUACCUCUCCUAAAUCUGCCCCUGCUGGGUCCCCAAAAACAAGUUCCACAACCUCUACACCGUCCUCCAAGGGUGUCCAAGGAUCUGUCAAGCAGCCUUCUUCAUCUGAAGUAAAAACCACAAGGCCACUCUCCUCCGGCCCUCCGCCAGUUGUCAGGAAGUCCUCAGGCGGUAAAUCUUCAAACACUUUCCCCAGGCCCACACCAAAACCCCCCGCCUUCCCCAGAGCCAACUCUACGUUGACCUCAUCAGUGACCAGGCCUGCAGUUCAGAGCUCUGGGACGCCUCAGAAUGGCGUAACAGGAGCUCCGUUCUCUCAGCACAAUGGACAUCUUGGCAUUCCCUCCAAGGUGCCAGGAAAAAGCCAUUCUCUGGAGUCCUUACAGCGGAGGAUGGAUCCCGUCUGCUCGUCCACCUCCACCACCACAACGACUACUACAUGCACCUCAUCAGAGUCGGGUGCUUCCUCUUCUUACAGCUGGGAUAGUCCAAGAGGCCACUGGGCCAAAGUCUCCAGUCCUCGAGCUCGCACUAUGGCCGCGUUCAACUCCCUGAUGGGCCGCAGCCUCAGCCUCGGAGACCUGAGCCACUCUAUUCAGACCACACAGAAGGUGGAGCGCAUAGUGAAGGAGGUGAAGCGGCGAGGGCUGAAGGCCGUGUCCGAGCGGGACCGCAAGAUCGCAGCGUUGAUGCUGGCCAGAUACCAGGAGGAAGACAUCAUGAGUCAGACCCGGUACGUGGCUCACCUCCAGUGGGACAGUGAACGUAGGAUGGACGAGCUACGGCGAGAACAGGAGGAGAGAGAAAAGCAGCGCGCCAUGCUUCAGUGCCAGCGGGUGUGGCAGACGCAGGUGUCGAUACGCCAGCGAAGACUCAGCCAGCAGGAGCGACAAUCAGCAGCCGCUAAAAUGCGACAGGUGGAGGAGAGCGAGGAGCGAUGGAAGGAGCUCUCGGAGCUGCAGGAGCGCAACCGUCUACUGAGGUUACAGCAGGCGGCACGGGAGGAGAAGCAUAAGAAAACCCUUCAGGAACAGAACCUGAAGGCCCUGGAGGAGGAGAGGGCGGCCAUGCUGGAGCAGGAGAGGCUGCUGCUGAAAGAGAAGCUCACCAUGGCCGAGCUCAAGAGGCAAGAGAAGGAGCACCAGGUCCAGGAAGACAGAAGAGGUCUGAACAAAGCAGAGAGAAGACGUCACGCCGCUCUGACGCAGGAGAUCGCCCGCAGAGAGCAGGAGGAGAGGGAGGAGGCGAGGAGGGCAGCGGAGGAGAAGCUCAGCCGCUCCCUGGAGAAUUACGAACAGAUAGUGGAGCGUCGAGGGCAGGAGCUGAAGGAAAAGGCCAAGCGUGAGGAGAAGCAGAUCCAGAAAGCACGCAAGGCGGCAGAGAAGCGUGAGAGGCAACAGCAGCAGCUGCUGGAAGCUCGUGUGAAGGAGGCGGAGAAACGAGCCCAGCAGGCGGCCUUGGUGGCGGAGGAGAGAGCAAAAGAGAAAGCUCAGCGGGCCACCCAGAGCCGGCAGGAGAAGGAGAAACUCCAGAGGCUCAACAGGCAGCGCGUGGAGGAAGAGGAGAAGCAGAGGCGCCUGGAGCUGCUGCAGUCCAUCGAGAGGAAGCUGGAGAAGAGCGAGCAGAUCUUCAAGGAAAAGAGGGCGGUGCUGGAGAGCGCGCGCUCCGUGGCCCGGGCCUCUUUCCAUGUACGAGACAAAGUGCGGGAGGAGACCAACAUGCGUACAUUUGAUAAAAUGGCCCUGGAAGCUCAACUCAAAGCCAGCCUGGAUGAGAAAUAAACCCAACGCUUGUUGUGGUCUCCUUAAUUCUGGUCAUGUGCUCGGCUCCUGCCUUCAUUAUGGCCCUCAUCACCCAACAGCUUUACCCAUCUUCCCAUAAAGACCCACAGUGUUGUUUUUUUCCUUACAUAUCUUCAUCCAUCAGCUGGUUUGAUUACAUUUUUGACCAUCAGUUUUUAUUAUAAAUCCUGUCAAAGUAAACCAAAUUUUGUACCAUGGAUGUAACGAGACUACAAACUUUUAUCAGCUGUUAUAAAUGAACAGUAAAGCCUGUGUGGGACGCACAGUGGACUUCAUAAUAGAUGAUAGUGUGGAGAGAGCUGCCUUGCAGCAACUCAACCCCUCCUCUCUCUUUCUCUUUGCCCUCUGCUCCGUGUAUCUCAGCUACUGGACUGAAAGCUGUGCGGGAAUGAAAAGAGUCAUUGUUUACGAGGAAGCACAAUUCCAUGACAACUGCAGAGGCUUUUAAGGGAGCACUGCUCUAAGGGAAAACUAAGCGCAAAUGGUUCUAGACCCCCAAAGCAAAUGAGGGAUCUUUUUGUACACGCACUGUGACACAGCUAGAUAUAGCAUGGAAAUCAAGCCCCGGGCUGGACACUCGUCUGAACCUAACCGCUGACAAUGCAGCACAGGAGGGCCGUGUGCACGAGCCCCGUGCUGAUGAAGCACCAGAGGACUCCUGCAGCAAGGGCUGUCCGUCCCUCCCCGGUUCUCCCUUCAAGGUCUCCCUCUGUCCGUCCUCUUCAUGUCAGACGACAGUAAACAGUGAAGCGCUCUGGGAGACAGCCGACCCUCGACUCCCUCCCAGUCGAUCUGCACCCAACACAGAGUCAAGGUCAGCAGGUCCUGGUGAGGAACGAGAGCUGGUGAUGCCACCUGCAAUCCUCCUUUUCUUCCCACACUGAACUUUAUCAAAGUGCAAAACAAAGCGUGUCUCUCCUCUGAUGGAAUUAGCUCCAUAUCAAGAGUCCAUCAUAUCAUUUUAAACUAGUGACAGUGCCAUCUCUUCUGCUGCUGAAAACAGGAACCCAGAUAUGAACCUACAGCCUUUUACCCACAGAAAUGAAAUGACAUGUACAAGGUUCAAACACAGCUUUAUUAGCAUCAAGGCAUGUUGUUCAAUCCAUACUAUGUUCCCUCUUCCCUUACCCUGACAUGUGGGCUUUUUUCAGUUCCAUCUCUGCUGUUAUCAUUUGUACAUUGUCAUACAUAAAAUGCUUGCGUCAGUGAAAUACAUUGAGUUGCUUCGUCGAAGACUGAUUUUUCAGAUGUAGCAAUAAUGAAAUGGUCAAGUUUGAUAUCACACGCAUCUGUGAGUUCAUUGUUUUCAUAAGACCUCUGUUAAAGUAAAGGACAUAACCAGUGCAUACAAUCAAACCCAGAACAAUAAAAACAGACAUUUUACAAGA